UAAGAGACUCUUAGCCCCGAAUUCUCUCUGUCCCCACCAAAACAAGAGCGUCAUCUCUGAGCCAAAGCACUCAUUACCAUUGUCAACUACACUGAUCUCAUUUUCAUCAUCCAUCAGAGAAAAGCACAAAGAGGGAUAUUCCAGUACCUCCAUAUAAUUGCAUACAGUUCUCCAUAGCAACCUUCUUCUACCGUUCUUCAAGGUGCCUCAGGCUCAGUUCUAUGCUACGCCGUUUGGUCUCGAUCAUGAAUUCACCACAUCCGAAACGAUUCAUACCAUUGAAGAAGGGCAAGCAUAGCUUUCCUGCCGACACCCCCAGACUUCGAGGAGUGGUCUUUGACAUGGAUGGUACCCUUUGCGAACCUCAAACGUACAUGUUCAAGGAAAUGAGAGAUGUUUUAGGAAUUACAAAAACAACAGACAUACUCGAGCACAUCGAUACUCUCCCUAAAUCAGAACAAGGGACUGCUCUUGAGUCUAUACGCAAUAUUGAGCGCGAAGCCAUGAAGGCCCAGACCCCUCAACCAGGUCUGAUGACUCUGAUGGCGUACCUCGACGCCAAUGCCAUCCCCAAGGCGAUAUGCACCCGCAACUUUGAUGUCCCUGUUCAAAACCUUAUGGAGAAGUUUCUCGAAGGCUCUCGCUUUCAUCCCAUCGUGACGCGAGACUUCCGUCCACCCAAGCCUGACCCUGCGGGUAUCCUGCACAUCGCUAAGAAUUGGGGCUUACACGGCGAAUCUGGCGAGGGUGACGCCAGUGGUCUUAUCAUGGUGGGCGACUCUAUCGACGACAUGACCGCAGGCAGAAAGGCUGGCGCGGCUACUGUAUUGCUCGUGAAUGAUGUGAAUCGAGCAUUGGCUGAACAUGCCCAUACUGAUCUGGUCAUUACUACGCUGGAUGAGCUCGUUGAUAUCCUUGAACAAGGCUUUGUGGGGAGAGACGCCGGUCCGGAAUAGCAAGAAGUCGACACGAGCCCUUGUCAGUUCCCAGAUGUUAAUCACAACUUGUCACCCCUUUCGCCGGAUUUUGAUCUCACGGUGCCAAAUCAACCACGAAUUGAUUUAAUUUAGGUUUCCUAUAUGGUCCCGGUUUCUGUACAUGAUUCUCCUCCACACUAGACACAGCAGGUAGACUCUCGGGUAUCAAGAUCAAGAGAUCUUCGCCUCCUCAAAUCUAAACCAGGUCCUUGGAAUUUGAAGAAGGGUUAAGCCGCUGUCCCAAUAUUUUCGGCAAG